GAAAGGGUGGAAGACGUAUGAGUCAUUUAGAUGUGUUACAGAUUUGCUCAAUGGCAUCAGUGCUUGGACUGCAAUGUUGCUAGUCACACUACUCCCUGGGAAAGACCAGGAGGCGUACACACACACACACACACACAUUGUUCUUUUAUUCUAUUUUACCCUGCAUCCAGAUGUCCACUCAGGAAGGAUCCAGAUGGCCUGGAUACCCUGUCUAUACUGGAGAGGUGCUUUUAUAACACGUACACACACUCACACAAAGCAGCAUGGCCGUGUUUUUCUUCCUCUCAGAGGGAGGAUUAACUCUCCUCAUUAGGGCUCCCCCGCCUCUCUCCAUCAUCUCUCCUCCCCCUCCCUCCCCCGUCAGCCUGCCUCGCCGUCAUUGGCUGCUUCUAUCAGGACCACUGCUCACUGGAUCGCCGUGACUACAGGAUACAGGAGAGCAGGGAGGAGGUGUGAUUGGUUAAUGUUGCCACGGUAAUAGAAAAGGCGACCACUCACCAAAUCAUUCAGCUGAGGCUGAUAUGAUUAAAAAAAAUCAAGUGGAGGGGUGUGGAAAGCGGGUUAGAGGGUGAGGGACUGAAAUGAAGAGAGGAGGCAAACAACAAUAACAACAACAGCGAAGGAUUAGGCAUCGACCGAGCAAUCAGGAAGUCCAUUUAGGACAAAGCAGCAUAAAAAAAAAAUCCUCCCAGACUUUAGCCGUGGUCGUCAGAGCUGAGCUGCCAGUUCGCUUUGGACAGCUGCUCAAGAUCUGUGUGUGUGUGUGUGUGUGUGUGGGGGGGGGGGGGAAGCGGCACACAAAGGAAGGAUGAACAGGUGAAAAAUGGUAAACAGCUUCUGUAUGAUCUCUCCCCUUCACUGCUGGGGAUGAAUGAGAGGAGUUAAACUGGUCGGUCUGAUGCCUGGGGCACAGAAAUAGAGACCGAGAGGGACAUAGCUGGAUAUGAAGAGCACGCGUCAGCACUAAAGCAGGGAGAGAGAGAGAGCGAGAGAGAGAGAGAGAGAGAGACAGCAGAGAUGAUCAAGGUGGAGAGCGAAGUAGACAGAGGUUGUUACUGUGGCGUGAGAUGGGAAUACAGAAAUAGAACCUGCUGGAUUUGUCACCUCCAGUGCCACACCUCGGCUGCAUCAUCCCAAUGCUCCAUUCUGACUGCAGCAGCAUCCACACGUGGGAUUUCCUUCUCCAGGAUUACAACAGCGACCAGUGAAUUAAUCUGGAGCAAUCAGUGAAACACCUCGGAUGCUCUCUUGAAGAUUUAAGCCACUGGCUGCGGAAGAGGACAAACUGUACUGUCUGUUAAGGAAGCCAGAGGAAUGCGUUGCUAAACGUUAUUCCCAUGAAGAUAAACACCUUUUACAGGUUGGUCAGUCGGCGACCACGGCCGUGUCAUCACUGUGUGGACAUGGGGAAGUCAUUGUCUGGCCAUUUUUUAAGGAAAGCUGACUCAACCUAAAUGAGGAAGAGUAUUGGAGGUAUACAGCAGCAGCACAUUUGGUCAAAUAUUGUGCUCGGUUAUCUGAACUAAUGCAGUUGUGUACUGUGAUUGACAUUCAGAUUACUGUACUUGUGUUCCUAAUGACAGCGCAGAAGACCUCAAAGCGGGCUGACUGACCGACUGACUGACUAAGUGAGUGGGUUGCCCACUGACUGGACCGGUGGCUGUCUGAGGAUUUUGAGGACACGUAGCCCCGGGGGGCAGGUAGCAGACGGGUCGCGGGAGCCCCACCAUGGGGGAGACGGCAGACUACCAGCGCCUGCAGGACACGUCGGAGUCUGACUACCACCGCCUGCCCAGCGAUGACGAAGAGAAACUGGGCGGUAGCAUGCAGUGUGAGGAAGGCACAGAAUGGCUGCUGGAGCUGCUGAUGGAGGUGCAGCUGCAGCAGUACUUACUGCGGAUCCGAGAUGACCUUAACGUCACGCGGCUGUCGCACUUUGACUACGUCAAGAACGAAGACCUGGAGAAGAUCGGCAUGGGUCGACCUGGACAGAGACGACUGUGGGAGGCUGUGAAAAGGAGGAAAGCCAUGUGCAAGCGUAAAUCCUGGAUGAGCAAGGUGUUCAGUGGGAAGCGCCCAGAUGGAGGAGACUUCCCCCAGCAGGGCCAGCCGGCCUCCUCCUUUCGUAAGCUGUCUCCCACACCUCUGCUGGGCUUGGGGGAGGGAGUCCUGGCCACACAGCCUAGUGGCGGUGCUCCUCUUGAUGGGCAGCAGCAGGCACUGACCUGCCUCAUCCCAGAGAAGGAUCUGACAAUGUUUGAGAAGCUGGGGGACGGCACUUUUGGUGUCGUGAAGAGAGGAGAGUGGCUGACGCCUGCAGGGAAGGUGCUGAAUGUAGCUGUGAAGUGUCUGAAGACAGAUGUUCUCAGCCAGCCUGAAGCUCUGGAGGACUUCAUCUGUGAGGUCAACGCCAUGCACUCCCUGGACCACCAGAACCUCAUUCGCCUCUACGGUGUGGUGCUCACACACCCAAUGAAGAUGGUGACCGAGCUGGCUCCUCUGGGUUCUCUGCUGGAGCGUUUGCGAUGUGUUCGUCCACAGGGCCCAGUGUUGAUCCACACUCUGUGUCAGUAUGCCGUACAGGUGGCUUGUGGCAUGGCCUAUCUGGAGCAGAGGAGGUUCAUUCACAGGGACCUGGCAGCCAGGAACAUCCUGCUGGCCUCAGCUCACAGAGUGAAGAUCGGAGACUUCGGCCUGAUGCGGGCGCUGCCCAACAACCAUGAGCACUACGUCAUGCAGGAGCAUCGAAAGGUCCCCUUUGCAUGGUGUGCCCCAGAGAGUCUGAAGACCAGAACGUUCUCUCAUGCCACUGACACGUGGAUGUUUGGAGUCACUCUCUGGGAGAUGUUCACACAUGGCCAGGAGCCUUGGCUGGGCCUCAAUGGGAGCCAGAUCCUGCACAAGAUUGAUAAAGAAGGUGAACGCCUCCCGAAGCCUGAAGACUGUCCGCAGGAUAUCUAUCAUGUGGUGCUGCAGUGUUGGGCUCAGAAACCAGAUGACAGACCCACCUUUGUUGCCCUGCGUGAGUUCUUGCUUGAGGUGGGUGUUUUUCAGACCAUGCCCACAGACAUGUCUGCUCUGCAGGACUUUGAUGAGCCUGACAAACUCCAGAUCCAGAUCAAUGAUGUCAUCACCAUAAUAGAGGGGAGGGCAGAGAACUUCUGGUGGAGAGGUCAAAACAAGCGAACCCUUAAGGUCGGACCGUUCCCCAGAAAUGUGGUGACAUCAGUAGCAGGUUUGUCAGCUCAUGACAUCAGCCGGCCGCUCAAGAACAGCUUCAUCCACACAGGACACGGAGACAGCAACCCUCAUCGCUGCUGGGGCUUCCCUGACAGGAUUGACGAUUUGUACCUCGGUAAUCCCAUGGAUCCUCCUGAUGUCCUUGGUGCUGACCUCAGCGGUGCUCGGCUCACACAGCUACCAGGACGAGCUAGAAAGGAGCCUCCUCCUCGCCCUCCUCAGCCAGCAGUGUUAAUCAAGAAGCCUUGCUAUGAUCCAGUAAAUGAUGACGAGGAUCUGACUUCAGCAGGACUAAAGAGAUUAUCACUUCGGAAAACUGGUUUUGUCAAAGGCUUAAAACUUAAACCUGCUGCGUGGGUCUCUGCUUCCAAACAGGGGAGUGGUCGGACUUCAGGCUCAGGCCACAACAGUGACGUGUCCCUCAUUGACUUUGGGGAGGAGUUCCCCCCGCCCACUCCUUCCCCUGUGAUUGAAAUUCAGAUUCUUUCACUGGCAAAGCUAGCUUUGGAAGCAGAGAACAUCAUGGACCGGACGCCGCCUCAGAGUCCGUCGAGAUCGUUGCCCCGACCCCUUCACCCUACACAAGUAGUGGACUGGGAUGCCCGGCCAUUACCCCCACCUCCGGCCUAUGACGAUGUCGCCCAAGACGAAGACGAUAUGGAGGUGAGCUCUAUCAACAGCUCAGAGCAGCAGCAUGAAGAGGAGCAGACUGAUGUCCAUAACCCAGAUGAGGCUCUCUUCUCUGGACCUAAGGUUGAGGGUGAUGCUCUUGUUUCCAGGGGUCCAGACCGAUCAGGUCCGGAGGACAACCUCUUUCUCCCCAGCAGGCAGAGCCAGGUUCUGUCCACCUCCUUCUCCCAGUCAGCUGAGAUCUUCCAAGAACUCCAGCAAGAGUGCAUGAAGAGGCUAAAUGUACCAACUGGAAGUGCUGCACAGUCAAGCUCGCCGUCCCAGUGCUUAGCCUCUUGUCCCCAGACACAACAGACUGAGGAGGGACACCAGCAGAGUGUCUUCUCCUCCAAUGAGGACAAACCCCAGAUCCCCCCACGUGUCCCCAUACCCCCUCGCCCUAUAAAGAGGGGCGACUACACAUCUGCUCGCUGGUCACGGGAUCUCUCCCUGUCACCGACACCAGCUGACAUCACAGAGGAGGUUUCAGGCCCAAACCAGGAACGCCCACCUCAGAUCCCUCCCAGAGACCCUUUGUCCCAGCCGGGCUCCAGGACUCCCAGCCCCAUGGGCCUGGUAGUGGGCUCCCCCCAGCAGAGACUCUACUCUGUCAGCCCCAUCACCAUGCAGGCUCCCCACACCUCCUGUCCCUCUACACACACCUACGGCUCCUACCUCUCCACGUCUCCAGGUAAACUCAUGCCUACCACGCACAGCUUUGCCUCAGAUCCUAAAUAUGCUGCCCCCAAAGUGAUCCAGGCCCAGGCGCAGGGGAAGGAUUUCACCAGCAAAGGCCCGUGCAUCCUCCCCAUCGUCCGUGAUGGACGUAAAGUCAGUAACACCCACUAUUACCUUCUACCAGAGAGGCCCCCAUACCUCGACCGCUACGACCGCUUCUUCAGGGAGGCAGAUAGCCAGCCCGCCAGCGGUGUGGAGGAAAGGCAUAUACGGCAAGCUAACACCGCCACGGUCAGACCCAUGGUGGUCAGCAGCCAGAUUCUCCAGGGACACGGGCUUGUCCAGCCAGGCGAGCUGAAGGCUAAUUUCUCCUCCAACAAUAACAGCAGUCUGGGUGGGCCACGGUCAGGGAUGAAGACAUCAGUUAGUCUACCUCGCAUCUGUUCAGACGGGCUGACAGCAGCGGUGGUCACUGCUUCCUGCAUCAGGACAGACGGCGGCGGAAACUCGGCUGACAGGGUCAAAAUGGUGCAGGACGCCGUUCACGGUGUCACAAUAGAGGAGUGCCAAGCCGCCCUCCAGAACCACAACUGGAACGUCCAGAAAGCUGUGCAUCAUCUAAAGGUGGAGCAGUUGUUCUGUUUGGGUCUGAGGAGCAGGUCAGAGUGUCUAAAGCUGUUGGAGAUGUGUGACUGGAACCUGGAGGUGGCCAGCACUCAGAUGUUGGAUAACUAUGGAUCCACAACAAGACAUAGACGGUGACCGAAAUCUCAAGCUGCUGAGCUCUGAUUGGAACUUCCUCCUCCGUAAAAUAUCAUCAGAAUAAGUGAAUUGGCUCCUGACGUCUCGUAUAUGCUUCGCAUGCACCUCCAAUCAGAAGACUGUAGAAGAAUCAAGCACAUGUUCACUGAACUAGCACAGAAUACCAAACUUUAUUAUGGCUCUGUUCAUACCCAACAUGGAAUAUGGAAAUUCGUUUGGGAGUAAAAAAGAAGGCCGUGGGUCAUAUUUUCGCCACCUUUUCUAAGUUGUUCAGAGACAAAAAUCACACUGUACUUGUAAGUUCAAUUUCAAUUGAUCAGCCUGAAAUGUGUCAUCCUAACAGGUUCCCUACAGUCACAGAUCGUGGGUGCUACCCUGCUGUGACAGAUCCACUUACUUGUAUCCUCACUGCCGCAACUGCACCGUUCCUUUGAUAAUGUCCUUAAAACGGCAGUUUGAAAGGGAAUCUGAAGAAGGCAACAUGAGUUAGAUAGCACAUUAUACACAGUGGCACUUGCUAAGAUUUAGUCGAAAUACUGUAGAGUGAAUACAGACUUGACCUCUACCAUGUAAAAUGUAUAAAGAGACAUUUAUGUGUUUGUUUACAAAACAUUGAUAAAUUAUUUUAAUAUAUUUUGAACACGAUGCUAAGAGACGAGAGGAGACUGUUAUGUCCGUUACUGGGCAUGCAGUCAGUGGACACUUCCUACUAAAACCUUUCCUUAUUAUUUGCCUCUGCACUUUGCCCGAACAUAACUUCUGCGCAUCGGCUGAAAACUCCUGCCAGCUGGCUAUUUUCUGCAUACUAUGUUGGCAGCUAAUAACCCCAAGGCACAGAUCCUGUCCCAUAAUCAUCACUUAAAAUAACAAGUGUUAUAUUUUGGUCAGCAGCUUUGGGGGCAAUAAUAUAAAACUGGAAUGACUCUUCAGCUCUCUGUGAACCUCCUGCUGGGCACGACAAUACAUAUUCUGACUGGGUAUUGUCCCAGUAGAGUCCUCAGCAAUGAACAUGGAAACCUCCGGGCCUGUCCUCUCCCGUUUUAUGUUUUUCCGAUGCACUUUGUGAGGACUCCACUAGAAGGAAGGGAAGUAAAAGGCAUUCCACUUGCUUCUAAAAUUCCCUUUUCUUUGGCCAACCAAAUACUUUACAGGCAUUUUAUGGUCGACACACGUGACCCUUCGGUGAUAUAGAAAAAAAGAACCCUUUUUUGCCAACUAUUACAAUUACAAUACAAAUGGUUGUCCACAUGAAGUCAUUGGCUUUGCUUCAACCAGUUCUUCCGUAUGUCCACGAAAACGCUGGUAUGUAAAAGGUCCCAGCACGAUCUGUUUGGGAAAAAGCUCCAAAUGGCCUCGGAAAAAGCUACUAUGGAACCACAACAAGCUAUGCUACCUGCUUGGGCAAAUUAAGAGGCUUUGAAGAAGAAAAAAAAAAAGUGUGUUAGGAAUAUAUUUCUAAACAAUGUACAGGACUGACUGGAUGACAACCUCCAGUAAAAGCUUUCUCCUGUGUGCAAUACGGCUGCUGUAGAACCUGUAACCUCCCAGUCUGUACAUCCAUCAGUGCCAUCCUGUUGUGUAAAAAGAAGUUCUGAUGUAUCCUCGUAAUUGAACGCACAGAACACAGAAUAAAAUGUUUGACUCAGUUUUCCUCCCCAUGGCAGGAUAAAGUUGUACUUAAAACACUGAUUCCAAAUCAGUUUUGCCAAUGUUCCCCUCUAAUGUGUUGUGGUAAAGUUGACUGUUAAUCAGUGCGUAAGGACAGAUUGAUGUGAUGGCUGCCUCCACAGUCGGUUCAUGUGUUUGUCUUUACACCAUGCUGCUGUAGUGUAUUGAAGGACUGAAGUGAACCUUGUGGUGUUGUGAUCAACCCAAAGCAACAUCCUUCUGUUGUGGUGUUUAUACUCUGUUUAAAAACUCUGUUCAGUUCCUUGUUUGCCAUAUCAGAUUCUUUAGAACCUGUCUGCUCUUUUAAGUCAUUCAUAUUGUGUUUGUCCUUCAAUCGAACUUGCCAUUUCUUCCUCAUUUGUAUGCAUUUGCUUCCCAGAAUGGGUUUUAAAAGCCUUUUUCAUUGUUUCACUCCUGGGUUGUUGGAAAUAUUCGAGAAGUUCAUGCUGCCGAAUUUAUAAAUGUAUUUUUUAUUAAAGACUUCAUUAUUUUUUAU